AUGUGUUCCGCCGGAGGUAUUAGGAGACCAGUUCAAAUUGAGGAGUUCAAGACGGCGAUUGGAGAAAUGACCAAGGAGGAGCUCACACGUUUGGAGCAAGAAAUAGAGAACAGUAUUAGCCAUUUAAACCGUUCCAAUUCCAGAUUGCAGAGAUACAUCGCUAAAUUGCAGGGAACUCACGCCGGUGGGGACGAAGAGGAGAGCGAAGAGCUCGACAUGGAGAAAGUUGAAGAUGGUGAUUUGCAAUUGUACCAGGAAUCUUUGCGGGAGAAUGACAUUUUACUCAAGAACAGUGUAGAAAGACUGGAGGCACUACGCCAGGAGGACUUGUACAGGUCGAGCCAUUCGGGAACACCUGAAGUGUAA